GGAAAAAAAAAAAACUUGAAUUGAGAAUCGGCACUCAAGAGAAUUAUUUUGCCGGAGAAUUGGGAAAAUGGGAGCUGGCGGAGAGAUAUGGCGGAGAGGGGUAAGAAGUGCAAUGCGUGGAAGCAGUAUUCGGUUUUUCUGUACGGAACAAAGCUCUAGAGUCAAGAUCUUUGACCGCAAUCUCAAGCGCAAACAACGGGAUAGAGCUGCGUGGUUGAUGCGCCGCCCUGAGGAUUCUUUGCUGGAUGCAGUGGCUGAAAAUCUAUUGGAUCGAUUGGAGGAUUGUAAGAAAACAUUUCCUACAGCAUUAUGUAUGGGUGGUUCUUUGGCAGCAAUUAGGCGUCUCUUGAACGGACGCGGUGGCAUUGAAAAGCUUAUAAUGAUGGAUACUUCACACGACAUGGUGGAAUUAUGCAAACAGACCGAACAAAAUUCGCCAAACGAAAACGUCGAAACGUCUUUCGUUGUCGCCGAUGAAGAGUUCUUGCCCGUGAAGGAAAGCUCUCUAGACCUGGUUAUUAGUUGCUUAGGACUUCAUUGGACAAACGAUCUUCCUGGAGCCAUGAUACAGAGUAGAUUGGCCCUGAAGCCCGAUGGCCUAUUUUUGGGAGCUAUUCUUGGAGGAGAAACUUUAAGGGAGCUGAGAAUAGCGUGUACUGUAGCCCAAAUGGAACGCGAAGGAGGCAUCAGUCCUAGGUUGUCACCUUUGGCACAGGUACGUGAUGCAGGGAAUCUGUUAACUAGGGCAGGCUUCUCUCUUCCUGGAGUUGACGUCGAUGAAUAUACCGUGAGAUAUAACAGCGCUUUGGAGCUGAUUGAACAUCUUCGCACUAUGGGCGAAACUAAUGCUCUACUACAAAGGGGCAAAAUUUUGACGAGAGAUACUGCGCUGGCUACGGCAGCUGUUUACGAGUCUAUGUUUGCUGCAGAAGAUGGCACCAUCCCAGCUACCUUCCAGGUGAUAUAUAUGACUGGAUGGAGAGAGCACUCGUCUCAUCAGAGAGCGAAAAGAAGAGGAUCUGCUACAGUAUCUUUCAACGACAUUCAAAAGCAGUUUGGUUAAGUGAUUCUGCAAAUUAGAAGCUUUCUUUUUUUCAUUCAUUUUAUAUUUGUUUUCACUCACAAGAAUGUAUUUUUAUGGUUUUCGCUUUUGUGUAAUUUUAUGAAAUUUUCGUAUAUAUUAACUACAAUUACUAAUUACUACUUGUGGAUUCGAAAAACAAAAAAAAGAAAUGGUCUAUCGACAUAUCUAAUUUGCAAAUUUGCUAGCUUAACUG